UUAGUUUGAAUAGUAGAUGGUAAUUAUAAAAGUUAAAGUUUAACAAUUAUUUUUAUUAAUUUGUACUUCUUUUACAUUAAUUAUAUAUUUCAAUUUAAAAAAUGUGAAAAAAAUUACAUUAGCUAGUUUAUUUAAAAAUUUCUGUUUUUUUAAACAUUAAUUAGGGAAUAUUAUGGUACUUACAUAUGUAUAUAUCUUAACUUGAAUACAAUUUAAUGAAUUAUGGAGGAGCUAAGAAGAUAUUUACAUCAAACUUUAAGUAAAGUUGAAGGACUUUUUACAAUUAUUAUAUCAGAUCAUGAUGGAGUUGUAAUAAUUAAAGCUUUUGCUGAUAAAAAUUUGGAAACCAACUUCAAUUUCAAGCCAUCUUUUCUUUCUGAUUUUAAUUCUGCUUCAGAACAAGCUGGAAAACUUGAACUUGGAAAAAAUAAAACAGUAAUAUGUUUUUACACAAAUUAUCAAGUAGUUCAAAUAAAUUGUUCAUCAGUUUUGAUAACAUUUAUAGCAUCUGAAAAAGCCAACACAGGAAAUAUAUUGGGUCUUGAAAAAGUUUUAGAACCUUUAUUAAAAGAUCUAAGAGCAAUUCAAGCCUAAUUUACUGUACCAAAAUAAAAAUGAGUUAUUUAAUUAAAAGAAUUUCCAUUAUAUGUAAUUUAAAAAAAAACCAUUUAAUGAAAUAUAAAAUAUUUAAUUUUUAAAGUA